UGUGUGUGUGUGUGUGUGCGUGUCUGUGUGUGUGCGUGUGUGUGUGUGUGUGUGUGUAUGUGUAUUUUCUUUUGCCUUAUAUAACAGUGUGUUGUGGACUGAAAUGAUUAGGCUGCAUUUCAACCAUCAAAUAAAGACAGAAGAUGAAUGGGGUGGAUGAUCUCAACAACUCCUAUAAUGAUGGAGAUUUCAUGUUCACGUCGGAGUCGGUCGGAGAGGGGCACCCUGAUAAGAUCUGUGAUCAGAUCAGCGAUGCGGUGCUGGAUGCUCACCUGAGGCAGGACCCCGAUGCCAAGGUGGCCUGUGAGACGGUGUGUAAGACUGGGAUGGUGCUCCUCUGCGGCGAGAUCACCUCACGCGCCAACGUGGACUACCAGAAGGUGGUGAGGGACACCAUCAAGUACAUUGGCUACGACAACUCAGACAAAGGGUUUGACUACAAGACGUGCAAUGUCCUUGUGGCCCUGGAGCAGCAGUCUCCUGACAUCGCCCAGGGAGUCCACAUCGACCGCCUGGAGGAGGACAUCGGAGCCGGAGACCAGGGCCUGAUGUUUGGUUACGCCACCGACGAGACGGAGGAGUGUAUGCCCCUCACCAUCGUCCUCGCCCACAAGCUCAACGCCAAGAUGGCCGAGCUCAGACGCAACGGCACCGUGCCCUGGCUCCGCCCUGACUCCAAGACGCAGGUGACUGUCCACUACACCCAGAAGAAUGGCGCUUUGAUCCCUCGCCGCGUCCACACCGUGGUCAUUUCUGUGCAGCACGACGACUUUGUGUCUCUGGACGAGCAGAAGGACAUCCUCAGGGAGAAGGUCAUCAAGGCCGUGGUGCCGGACAAGUACCUGGACGAGCACACCGUCUACCACCUGCAGCCCAGUGGGAGGUUCGUCAUCGGGGGGCCACAGGGUGAUGCGGGGGUGACGGGGCGUAAGAUCAUCGUGGACACAUACGGGGGCUGGGGCGCCCACGGGGGUGGGGCCUUCUCUGGGAAGGACUACACCAAGGUGGACCGCUCCGCUGCCUACGCGGCUCGAUGGGUGGCCAAGUCCCUGGUCAAGGCCAAGCUCUGCAAGAGGGUUCUAGUCCAGGUGGCCUAUGCCAUCGGCGUCGCCCACCCGCUCUCCAUCUCUCUCUUCACCUACGGCUCCUCACAGAUGGCUGAGAAGGAGCUACUGCAGAUCGUCAAGAGGAACUUUGACCUCCGCCCCGGGGUUAUCGUCAGGGACCUGGAUCUGAAGAGGCCUAUUUACCAGAAGACAGCAGCCUACGGACACUUUGGCCGAAAAGAGUUCCCUUGGGAGGUUCCCAAAAACCUGAACUUCUAAGCAGAGCUCUAUUUACAGACAACGCUGUUGUGGAACACAGGCCACUGUACAUGGGCGUGUGUGUGGGUGUGUGUGUGGGCGUGGGUGUGGGGUGUGUGACAGGGAUGCACCCUUCCCUGAAAAAUAAUCCCUCAAACAUUUCAGUCACAAGAUAUGAGAGGCCGAGAAGAUGGCUGUAAUUUAUAGUCUCCACCAACGCUUCACCCAUAUACAUGUCUCACAGCACACACACACACACACACACACACACACACACACACACACACACACACACACACACGCAUACGAAACACACACACGCGCACACACACACAUGCGAUGCCUCACCCAAAUAUACACAUCUAAUGCGUACUUUUCACUCACACAAACACUCAUACGCGCACAUGUUUACGCUUGCACGCAUACACGCACGUACACACACACACACACACGCACACACACACACACAAGCUACGCCUCACCCAAAUGUACAUGCCUCACUGACAUACAAUACACACACACACACACACGCAAUGCCUCGCCCACUAUACACAUCUAACGCAUACUCUUUGCUCACACACAUGCUCAUACACACUCACAACUACUCACAACACAAACAUACAUACACACUUUAAUUAUGGGUUGCCUGCUUUGAGGAGCCCUCUCUGAUGCAGCUCAGUAAUAUCUGCCUGACCAAACUCUUGAGGUCGAAUCCACACUCACACACUGGGCAUCACCCUGGACUGCAUUUCCCAAAAGUGCCGUUGAUCAACCGUCGUGAUAACUAAUUUUAGUUUCAUACAGGACCAGAUGUUAAAUUCCUUAACUCUUCCUGUGCUAUUGUUUGGGUACUUCCCACAGAGAGAGAGAGAGAGAGAGAGAGAGAGAGAAUGUUCAAAUGAUAGUCUCUCUAUCUUUGAACGAGGGUAGAAGUUCAGAAAAGGUGUGGGAAACGCACCCUUGACUGGUUUUACUCAAUCAGAAGUCACAUACCAAAGUCCAAUUCAUUGAUUAAUUGAUUGAUUGCUAACUAACUGAUAGUUCUUUAAACAGGCUCAAACCAUUUUCAUGUCUGUCAGACAUUUGUUUUGUGAAAAGGGGAAAGGUCCACUAAAGAGAUAUUAACUACAGGCUCUGGUGCUGACACUGUGACUCUCACGAUUAUCCUCUGCUGACGUGAAGUCUGAAGAGUUUUACUGUGUCGUCAGUUUUCUGCCGAGCUCCUCCAGACUUCAACACUAAUCUUAUGCAGACAGCGCUUGGAUACUAUGGAAUUAAUGUAAAUAGUGUUUUUUUGCAAAACAUUUUAGUAAAGAAAUAUUACUCUCA